AUGCCUGCUGCCGAAUCUCUCAAUUCUUCCAAAUACGAUAUGCAGCUUACCGAAAUAUUGCUCCAACACCUUCCCGUUCUGGGUCAAACGCGGCAUCUGGUUCCAUCCACGGUUCUUGUGGAUCGCAAUGUGUACUUCUCCAAACCUUGGGUAUCGGGUCGAGUACACGGAUACCACGAGCUCCAGUCAUACAGGAAGAUUCUUGCAGGCACUGAGGCAAGCCUGCUGCCUGCCAACGCACGCAUCUGCCGCCUUCAUGGCCUGAUCAUCGACAAUGAUAUUGACGUCCAUCAGCACUAUCCUCUUGACUAUCCUCUUGACAGUAAUGAAGAGGAUCACCCUGGGACACGUCUGGUCGGACUUCUUCUCACCAAUAUCGAGAAUAAAGGCACUCUUAAAGAGCUGGCCCCUUGGUCCGACUGUGCAAAUAAUGAUCGACUUUGCUGGUCUAGGCCGAUACACCAGUCUGUUGAACAGUUGCAUAAUGCAGACGUGGUCUGGGGUGAUGCUAAACCGGAGAAUGUCUUAAUUGAUACAAAGGGCGAUGCGUGGCUGAUUGAUUUUGGUGGUAGCUAUACCCCAGGCUGGAUAGACAAGGAUAAGCGAGAGACCGUGGAGGGAGACUGGCAAGGUGUGCAAAGAAUUGAUGAGUGGCUCACCAAAUACUCCCGCAAGCCUGUUGCUCGUAUCAAUAAGUUAAUAGAGAAGGAGCAAUAA